AUGGCCCUCAACUGGAAUGCCUUUCUCAUUGAUGAGGCCUUCAAUAUACCGAACGAUCAAUGGCCGGACAUCACAACACCACCAACAGACCCUACAUCUGACAUGCCAAAGUCAAGCUCGACCCGCACUUCAGGCUCAGCAGAACCUGAAGUCAUCGCCAACUUCGACUCCCUCCUCAACGGUACAUCAGCUGAUCCUUACUUCAACGACUCCCUCUUUGCCCCCAACGAUUACUUCCUAAGCGACCUCGAGGUGCUGCAGCCCUUUGGCGACUCGACCACUGGCGGCGAAUCAACUUCCGAAUCAUCGCCAGAGCCCUCUGUUGGCACCGCCUUGACCGGCAACAGCCCUUUGACCUCUGAGAACCCCGCCUCGUUCAACCGUUUCGCCCACAUGUCGCUCAUGCAGAAGCCAUCCAUCUCGCGAGCCAACACCUUCCCCAACCCACAGUACGAGUCGUUGUUCCCCAACAACCUUGAUUCUGGCUUCGUUGAAGACCUCACCUUCCCCCAUGGACCCAACGGACCGAAUAGCUCACCCAACUCAACAAACACGACGACUGAGAACAAACCAUCAACAGGCACAACGACUAAACGUCAACACAAGGCCAAAGCUGACAUCCUUUCGGCAUGCUGGACAUCGCCGCUGUGCCCCAACCACGAUCAGGAUGGCCCACCCCCGAAUCCCUCAAGUUGUGGAGGCGGCUGUGCUCCCUUCUUGUUCGCUAACGAUGAUACCCUCCCCACCUCCACCAUCAGCAACCUUCUCAGCGAAGCUCAGGAAGUCAUUGCCGAAGACGGCGUUGUCGAGAUCAAGUCACAUUCGAAGAGGAGAUCAGAGAGCGAUGCCUCAGCCGAUGAGCCGCUGGGACGCCAAUUCACAUCCCGAAAUAGCAUCGACAACGAGAGUGCUAAGGUGAAGAGCGAGUCCGAAGACUCACCGCAAGCUCCAGCAUCCGAGGACAAGGCCAAGCCACGCCGCCGAUUACCCCACAAUCAGGUUGAGAGAAAGUACCGAGAGUCUCUCAACACCCAACUCGAAUCGCUCCGCCGCGUCGUGCCCUCACUCCAGCAGAAUCAGCGUGGUUGUGACGGCGCCGACAUUGAGGACCUCCCCACGCCCUCAAAACCCAGCAAAGCCGUCAUCCUCGCCUCGGCAACCGCGUACAUCAAGUCCAUGGAGAAAGACAAGAAGACGCUCCAAGACGAAAACCAGCUGCUCAAGACACGCAUCAAGGCCCUGCAGGCACUCGUAAAGUGCGAGGAUUGCUCGCUAAUGCAGUACGUUAUGGACCUGAAGAUCAACCAGCAGCCCAAGUGA